CUUUUCACACGGAUAAGAUAUAACUACAUAUAUACGUAUAUAAAUAUACACAUUCAUACAUAUAUAUAUAUGCGUGUCUUUAACUACAUGGAAACUUUGAGACGAUCGAUGCGAUUUAUUUAAGUUACCAAUUUCCGCAAUGGGAAAACAUAACGAAACCAAUUUCGAAUAUUUCUGCGGAGGAACUCCCAUAUGGAACACAUCUUUGACAUGGGGUGAAACCAAAUGGCCAGAACUCACACAGUGUUUUCAAGACACCCUACUAAUCUGGGUGCCAUGUGGCUUCCUUCUGCUCACCACACCAUUUUAUUUGUACUACCUACUCAGGCAAAAAGACAGAACUUUAUCUCGUCCGCUCACCACACUCAGCGUAGUAAAACUGAUUGGAUCCCUGCUCCUCAGUGUCCUAACAUUUAUCGACCUUACAAGUCGGGUUUAUAAAGGAGACCAACAUGCAGCCGUUAUAUACUUCUCGCUGGUGCUGCUGGGGGUGUCAUACGGUGUUGUGGCGCUAUUGACCGAAAUUGAGCGCCGAAGAGGAAUGCUUUCGUCUGUGAUUCUCUUUAUUUUCUGGUUCAUGCAGUUGGUAGUCAACAUCAUUCCAUUCUAUUCCAAGAUUGAGCUUAAGGAAUACGAGGAAAAUGCUGAACACAAGAAUGGAAACAAAAUGGACUUUGUCCUGUUCUAUAUGACGUAUGCCAUCAUCAUUGUUCAGUUUAUCCUCUACUGCUUCGCUGAAACCCAUUUGAUCAGGAAUCACAGAAAAGUGGAAAAUAUCACUGAUAACCCUGAGUAUUAUGCUGCUUUCAUAUCACGUCUUACAUUCGGUUGGCUCAACAAACUCAUCAAAAGUGCACACGACAAACCCCUCCAGGAAGACGAAAUGUUUGAACUGAAUCCCAGUGACCAAGCUGAUGUGGUUCUGCCAAAAUUUAGAAAGAAUUGGUUGAAGGAGAAACAGAGAUGUGAUAAACUAAAUGCCAAACGCAAGGUAAACGAAGACGCCCAAAGGCAGGUGUAUUCCAACCCAAAGAUGACCAGUUUUGAUGAAGAAGUAAAUGAAACAUCAGCUCUGUUGGGUAACAAAACGUCAGAACCUGAGGAUAAGAAAAAGAAGAAAGACAACCAAGCGAAGCCUUCGUUACUGCGUGCUCUUUUCAAGUCCUUUGGCUGGACGUUGUUUAAAUCACAUUGCUGUAAAAUCUGUUAUGACUUACUUCAGUUUGUUAAUCCACUUAUGUUAAGGUACCUCAUUGAAUUCAUCGAGUCGGGUAACGCAAGUGCUUGGAAAGGGUACACCAUGGCCGUUGGGAUGUUGUUUGUGUCCAUGUUUGUGACCUUUUUCUCUCAUCAGAACUAUCACAUCGGAAUGCGGACUGGCAUCAGAGUUCAAAAGGCCAUCAUAGCUGCCAUCUACGAAAAGUCUUUGACAAUUAAACCUGAAGAGAAGAAGGACUACACGACAGGUGAAAUAGUCAACUUUAUGGCAGUAGACAGUAUGACCUUGAACAAUGCCACGCCUUACCUUUGGAUUAUUUGGUCAGCACCAUUACAGAUAGUCAUUGCUCUUAUUUUGCUCUACAAUACUCUGAAUUCUUCAAUAUUUGCUGGCGUCGUCAUUAUUAUACUGACGAUACCAAUAAAUGCCAUUGUUGGAGCCAAACUUACAAAACUCAGGAAUCAGCAGAUGAUAAUAAAAGAUAAAAGAAUUAAAUUAAUUAACGAGAUACUUAAUGGAAUCAAGGUGCUUAAGCUUUAUGCCUGGGAACCGUCGUUUAAGGAGAAGAUUAAUGAUAUCCGUAACCAAGAAAUGAAUAUUUUGCGGUCGAGUUCUUACUUACAAGCAUUUUCAAUGUUUACUUGGACAACCAUUCCUUACUUGGUAACAAUUGCCACUUUUGUUACAUACAUCUUGACGGAUCGAGACCAAAUUCUUGAUGCGCAGAAGGCCUUUGUAUCGUUAACACUGUUCAAUAUAAUUCGAUCUCCUAUCAACCUUCUUCCUUUGAUUGUUGUAUACCUGACACAGUGCUGGGUGUCUGUGAAACGUAUCAAUGAUUUCUUAAAUGCUGAAGAUCUCGAUCCUGACAAUGUCAUCUACGACUCCAAAAUAAAUUCUGCCAUUUCUAUACAACAAGGAACCUUCUCUUGGGAAAAAGGCAGUAACAAUGUCUUAGAAGACAUAACCUUAGAGAUACCCAAGGGUAGCCUCACUGCCAUUGUUGGUCCUGUCGGCUGUGGCAAGAGCUCUUUGAUGUCCACCAUUAUUGGAGAAUUAAACAAGAAAGGAACCGUCCAAGUGAACGGAUCAAUAGCUUUUGUGCCCCAAGCUGCCUGGAUACAGAAUAACACUGUGAAAAACAACAUUCUCUUCGAGAAGCCCCUUUCUGACAAAUACGACACAAUUGUGGAUGCAUGUGCUCUGCGUUCAGAUUUUGAUAUUCUUCCAGCAGGUGAUCAAACAGAAAUUGGAGAAAAGGGUAUCAACCUCAGCGGAGGACAGAAACAAAGAGUUUCCUUGGCUCGUGCCGUGUACAAUGAUGCAGAUAUCUACCUCUUGGAUGAUCCGCUCAGUGCAGUCGACGCCCACGUUGGCAAACAUAUCUUCGAGGAAGUUGUCGGCCAUCAAGGACUUUUGAAAGAUAAGACGCGUGUGUUGGUGACCCAUGGUGUACAGUGGUUACCCAAGGUGGACAACAUCAUCAUCAUUGUCGAUGGCAGGAUCUCUGAGAGGGGUUCGUACCAAGAAUUACUAGACCAUGACGGUGCAUUCGCACAAUUCCUGAAGACUUAUUUGCUGCAAGGAGCUGAGAGUGAAAGCGAAGAUGAAGACGAAGAAACACGAGAUAUCAAAAGAGAAAUGUUAAGUCGUUUAGAUUCCACUGUGUCUGAGAAUGUAGAAACAUCAGGUGAUGAAAGUAACUUAUCUACCUUGAUUGAAUCCAGGAAACUGAAGUCCUCCUUAUCAAUGGAGGCCCCAACAAGGGUCAGAAGACAAUCGAGUAUCAUGAAGGACGAUGUCCAGCUUGAAAAGUCUGGGAAACGGCCAUCCCAGACACCACCUGUCCAGAGCAAACUUAUCGAAGAAGAAAAACUUGAAGUUGGUGAUGUGAAAUUCUCCGUGUAUUAUAAUUACUUGAAAGCUAUGGGCUUGAAACUGAGCUUCUGCAUGCUGAUCACCUGUGCAUUGUACCAGUUCUCUGCAGUCUACCCAUCAUUUAUCAUCAGUAGCUGGACAACGGAAGUGGCAACGAUCACCAACGACAGUGAAGCCCUGAAACACAGUGAAAAUGUAUUCCUUGAAAAAUAUGGUGGCUUCUGUAUAUUACAGAGUCUGUUUAUAUUCAUUUUUACGAUGUUGGCCGCUUACCUCAUGGUGAGAGCUGCAAAUGUCAUGCAUGCAAAAAUGCUAUACAGCAUUCUUCGAGCACCAAUGUCAUUCUUCGACACCACACCACUUGGCCGUAUUGUCAACCGCUUCUCCAAAGACACGGACGUCAUGGACAACCUGUUGCCAUCUCUCAUCCGUACCGUUAUCCUGAUGUUUGCCAGCGUUAUUAGUAUUUUAAUAGCCAUUAGUAUCAGCAUACCAAUUUUCUUGGCUGUAGCUGUGCCUCUUAUUGGUGUUUAUGUUUUCAUACAGAAUUACUACAUCCCCACCACGAGACAGCUGAAACGCAUUGAGUCAACUACACGGUCCCUGAUCUACAACCACUUCAGUGAAACCCUCACAGGAACUUCAUGCAUAAGAGCUUUCAAUGUUGUCAGGCGCUUUGGAAAGGAAUCCAGCAACCGUGUGGAUCACUCGCAGACAUUCCAGUUUGCUGGCUUAGCUUCAAAUCGAUGGCUUGGGGUUCGACUGGAGACCAUCGGAAACCUGAUGGUGUUUGCUGCAGCCAUGUUCAGCGUUGGUGGCAGAGACAACGUAACUGGUGGAGAUGUUGGUCUAUCGAUUAGUUAUGCCUUGCAGAUAGUGACAGCCCUGAGCAUGAUGGUAUCACAGUGGUGUAAUUUGCAGUCCAAUAUUGUUGCGAUUGAAAGGAUCCGAGAAUAUUCCCAUGUUGACUCCGAAGCUGAUUGGGACAAAGGUGCGGAGGUUGACUCAAGUUGGCCCAAGACUGGAACCAUAGAAUUCAACAAUUACAAGACACGCUACCGACCUGGACUUGAUCUUGUACUGCGUGGCAUCACCUGUAAGAUAAACAGCGGAGAAAAGAUUGGCAUUGUGGGUCGUACGGGCGCCGGAAAGUCUUCCCUGUCUCUCUCCUUGUUCCGCAUCAUCGAAGCCAGUGCCGGCAGCAUCCUCAUCGAUGGCCAGUGCAUUGCCGACUUGGCCUUGCAUGACCUUCGCAAGAACUUGACCAUUUUGCCUCAGGAUCCUGUUCUUUUCUUUGGACCAAUCCGUCUGAAUCUGGAUCCAUUUGACCAACACACCGAUGCUCAGCUCUGGACAGCUCUUGAGCAAGCCAAUAUGAAGACGUUUGUAGCAGGUCUUGACGAUGGUCUACAGCAUCAGUGUGACGAAGGAGGAAGUAAUUUAAGUAUCGGGCAGAGGCAGCUGAUAUGCCUUGCCAGGACAUUGUUGCACAAGACAAAAGUCUUGAUUUUGGAUGAGGCCACAGCAGCCAUUGACAUGGAAACAGAUGAGCUCAUCCAGCAGAUUAUUAGGUCAGAGUUUGAUGACUGUACCAUCCUCACCAUCGCCCAUAGGAUUAACACCAUCAUGGAUUAUGACAGAAUCAUGGUUUUGGAUACAGGAUCUAUCAAAGAAUUUGCAUCGCCACAGAAAUUGCUGAAGAAUGAAAAAUCCAUGUUCUAUGGUCUGGCAAAAGACGCAGGAAUUGUAUCAUGAACAAAUCUCCCUCAUAACAAACUCUGCCCUGCCCUCACCAAACAUCUCUCUCACUUCUCAUCACUCAGGAGAGCCAUUACACAUUCUUUUACUUACAUUGCUGUUGAGAUUCCACUGUUUUGAUCUCUCUUUCCUUUGAUAUGCGCUGUGUCCGGUUCCACUUCAUUUUCGCGUUAUGUAACACAUAACAUUACUUUGUUCUCUCAUCUUGGAUUUGUUCUUGAGAUACAGAGAAAGAAAGAAAGGAAGACAGAGAGAGAAAGUGAGAUAGAGAGAGAGAGAAAGACAGAGAGACUGCGGCUGCUCCUAAACAUUCAUUUAACUUCUGAUGUUAAGCAGUAGCUGUAAAUAUCUUUCUGCCUCAAUCAUUUUUUUUAUGUUAAAAAAUUAUGUGUGCGGUGUGCGUGUGGGUAUGCAUAUAUAUAUAUUUUAAUUGGAUUUUAUGAAA